AUGGCACAAGUGGGCGAUGCCGACAGAGCGGUGGCUAUGCCCCGGUUAGAGGACCUCCUCCGACACCCCGAGGACCUCGACAAGAUCAAUGGACUGAAAGCCGAAUACACUCGAAAGAAAGCAGCAGUCGAUGCACAGCUACGUGAAGGCCUCCGGGAACAAUUAGCAUCUGUACAGAGAAGCCUCAGCGCUCUCACAGAAGGUCAGCGCCAAGUAUCGAAGACGAGGGAUGAGCUCCAGGGCAUCGACAGGCUAUGCGCCGAGUCGCAGAACAGCGUGGACGACUUCUCGCGAAUCGACCAACUCGCCAAAAUCCAGCGCAACUUUGAGGCGACCUUGACUAUGAAGAGGGGGUUGGAGAACUUUAGCACUGAUUUAGCUGAGAUCGAAGAGCUGCUGAGGGAGGAUGACGAGGAUCUUGAGAACCAGCCCAAUCUUCUGCGGGCGCAUAUGCGGAUAUCCCGACUGCGGGACUUUCGGGACGAAGCGAUGGAUCAGGUUCGCCGGGCGCAGGACGCGAGUAACGAGGCUACCCUGGAUGAAUACUUUGAGGGGCUGGAUGCUGUGAUUGACUGGUUUGAUGAUCAUCUGGGAACGCUGUGUAUGAACCUCAUUCCACUGGUGCAGAGUGACAACCCGAGCAUGGUGGUUCGACUUGCGGUUGUCGUGAUGAACGAGGAGAAGAAUGAUGAGACGGUUAGGGCUUUACAGGAGGCGCAGAAGGACCACCAAGAUUUAGCCGGGCGGUUCAAGUCGAUGAACGUUGGCCCUAAGACAGUCAGGGGGUACAAGGAGAAGUUCAUACAAGCGAUCGAGUUCUAUGCUCAAAAUCAGUUCGAGGAAACUAAAGCGAAUUUCCUGGAUGACCCCGACGGCCUGGAGAAAAGUUUCCGAUGGUUCUUUAACGAUCUAUUCGUUGUCCAGCAAGGCAUGCAGUCGCUGAUGCCAAAGAAGUGGAAGAUCUUCAAGACCUACACUGAUAUCUACCACCGCAUGAUGCACGAUGUUCUUAUUGAGUUGAUCAACGAUCCCGAACUACCAGCUGACAAUUUGCUUGCGAUCCUCCACUGGAGGGAGAAGUACUACAAAAAGAUGAAGAAGCUUGGUUGGCAAGCGUCCGAUCUCGAGCUCGAUAUUCUAGAUAAUCGCGAACCUGAGCUCAUUCGCCAGUGGCAGAAUGUCAUCAUCAACGCGGUCGAAGAAUGGAUGGAUAAAAUCUGGGAGACGGACCGAAAGGCACUUACGGAGCGGAUACCCGACUCACUUGAUACUACAACAGACGGCUGCUUCCGCACCCAAACUCUUCCAGACAUGUGGCGGAUGCUGCACGAGCAGGUCACCGUGUCCAGUUCUUCGUCGCGCCCUGAUCUCCUGGAGGGCAUCAUGGAUGCGAUGUUCCGAGCGCUGAAGGCUCGCCAAGCUGCAUGGCAGACUCUCCUCGAAGAAGAAUGUGCCAAGUACAAGGCUCCUGGUGGCGAGCAACUUGACGGAUUGCAAAUACUGCAAGACUGGCUGAUAGCUGUAGCCAACGAUCAGAUCGCCUGUAUUGACGACAACGACGAAACAGGUCAAUAUGGACACUUGACGCGGUUCCGACGUGACAUCGAACAGUAUGUGGACCCGAAAUACAUGGCGUCCCGUGCAAUCCCCGAGCUAGACGCUCUACGAGAUGGCUACGUCGAUCUGAGCACGUACUGUCUUUCUCAAUUUGUGGAGGUUAUCUUCGCCGUCGACCUCCGGAGCACGAUCCGCGAUUUCUUCACCCAGAAAUGGUAUGGAGAUUUCGCCGCGAAGCGAAUUACCUCUACAUUCGACGAUUACAUGGCCGAUUAUUCCCCCGUCCUUCAUCCCUCACUCACAGAAAUCCUGGUCGAAGAAUUAUCGGAUGAACUCCUAAUUCGAUACCUUUCAUCGGUCCGCAACAAGGGCGUUAAAUUCCGCCGACAAACAGACCCCUACACCGACAAAUUCAAGGACGAUGUCCUCACAAUCUUCGCCUUCUUCCAGAAAUACCCAGAUUCCUUUGCAGGCACAAUCAAGCAGAAGUGGCGACUUGUCGACUGGCUGGUCCGGCUUCUUGAGGCUGAGAAAGGCCCGGCUGUGGUCAAUGUCUAUGAAGAUUUCAAGACUGAGUAUUGGGACCUGCAGCUCUCAUGGGUUGAGACAGUCCUUAGGACGAGGGAUGACUUUGAACGGAGCAUGAUUACUGCUGUCAAGGCUAAGGCGGCUGAGUUGUCUGUUGAACGGGGAAUGGAGACGCUUAUGAGUAGGAUACGCUGA